UCCAUCUUCUUCAAUAGCUGUCAAUGUGGAGAUUGGAGAUCGGCCUGCCAGUCGACAUUACCCACUAGCCGGCCGGAGAAAUCCGAUUUCUCCAAUUGCCGUUAGGGUUCUUCCAGCCGUCUUCUCCGACGACGAUUUGGCGACCUACCCUGUAAGCUCCCGCAGAUCAAGCUCCAAAUUUGCCAGUUAUGGAGAUGAUGAUAGUAGUAGCAUUGACAUUGAUAUUGGGAAUCGUAUUGGUCGCUCUAUUAUUCAUACCCAAACAGCUGAAAAAAUCUGGUAGCAGAAAGAAUCAGUCAAAUGUUAACUCCAACAAGGAAGGCAAAUUGCAUAGCAAAGCUGAAGUGGCAUUGCAUAACAAGAGGACUGAUUGUUGGAUUAUCAUCAAAGAUAAGGUGUAUGAUGUUACCUCUUAUGUGGAGGAACAUCCUGGAGGAGAUGCGAUUCUUGUACAUGCUGGUGAAGAUUCAACUGAAGGAUUUUAUGGGCCUCAACAUGCUACUCGUGUAUUCGAUAUGAUUGAGGAUUUUUACAUUGGAGAGCUGAAGAUAAACUAAAUUGUUUUGUUUUGUUGUUUAUUGGGACAUUUUGAUAUUGAUGUAUUUGUUUGUCUUUCUGCAAGCAAUCAAGUCUUGCAAAUGGUUUUGGAUGCUCAUUGGUUGGAAAAGUUUAUAAUUAGACAUUUGUUAGAAUUGGUAAUCUUGCCUUUUGAUUUUUCUGUUGA